CCGUUUACUACGUAACGAGGCGGGUGAUGUUUGACCUACUAUGGCCGCCGUCAGCCGGAGCAGGCACCGGGGAGACUCUAAAACAAUACACAUUUUAUUUUCUCCUCGAAAGAUGACGCCUUUUAAACUCUUUUGGUGUUUUAUUUUCUUUGUGUUUACUGUUAGCCACUGUUUUGCCGACGACGACGACGACCACGAAAUGGAGGAAUUCCUGAAACGGGAGUAUUCCCUCACCAAGCCCUACCAAGGUGUGGGGUCUUUAGGCUCCUCCCACUGGGAGCUCAUGGGCGAUGCUAUGAUAACUACUGAACAGGUGCGACUCACACCUGACAUGCAGAGCCGGCAGGGGGCAGUAUGGAGCCGACUUCCGUGCCAUUUGAGCGACUGGGAGAUGCAGGUGCAUUUUAAGAUUCACGGAAAAGGAAAGAAGAACCUUAAUGGAGACGGGCUGGCCAUUUGGUACACAAAGGAGCGCAUGCAGAAAGGUCCUGUGUUUGGAAAUAAGGACAACUUUACAGGAUUGGGUGUUUUUGUGGACACGUAUCCCAAUGAGGAGAAACAUCUAGAGGCACAAAAGAAGAGAUACACUCCUCGCACACAGAGGAUCUUUCCUUUUGUUCUCGCCAUGGUGGGCAACGGCACCAUCAGCUACGACCACGAGCGAGACGGCCGGCCCACAGAGCUGGGGGGCUGCAACGCCAUGGUGCGCAACCUGAAGCAUGACGCCUUCCUAUUCAUCCGCUAUGUCCGCCGCAGACUGACUGUGAUGAUCGACAUAGAUGGACAACACGAGUGGAGGGACUGCUUGGACAUACCUGGCGUGCGGCUACCAAAAGGCUUUUAUUUUGGCGCUUCCGCAAUCACAGGAGACCUCUCAGACAACCAUGACAUCGUCUCGCUGAAACUCUACCAACUGACGGUGUUGCGAAGUAAACAGGAAGAGGAAGAGACUGAAGACGAGAUAACCAUACCCAGCGUGGAUAACAUGGAUCUCCUCAGAUUGGGUCAGACUGAAGAAGGUAUGAGCGGAUUGGCCAUUUUCUUCACCGUCCUCUUCUCCAUACUGGGUUGCAUUUUCCUCGUCGUCAUCGGCAUCUUAGUCUACAGUCACUGGAACGAGAGCCGGCGCAAACGAUUCUACUGAGGAGGCGAGUGGGUAAAGGAAAAUAUGCGAGGGUUGGGAACGCUGCGGUCUAUAGACCUUCGCUGCACUGAGACCAAUCGAAUAACGUGGCUGACAGGGGUGACCUGCACCUUGCCCUGGGUAGACACAGACCAUGACUUCUGAGCAGCUACAAUCCUAAAUAUGACUUUUGACUCUUUGUUUCCUGUUUUUUCACAAUCUGCUGUAUUAGGUAGACUAUUUAUUAUAGCAUUUCUAAACAGCCGCAACAUUAGGUCCACCUGCACAAUCUGACGUUGUAAACAUACAUAAGAGGCUUUGAGAGGCAACGUGAAACAAGUUCUUAUACCGUGUUAAAAAUACCAACGUUACUAAUGCCUUUAUUGUUUUCCAGUAACGGGUAAUUUAAUUACCUUUUCAUCAGUGCAAUUUAGCACGUUAUUAGUGACACAGGCUAAAGCUCUUUUCUACCUUCAUUCUGACUUUAACAGGACAACAGCAGUGCUGAGUUGCAACACCCUAUACAGUCGUCCCUCGUUUAUCGCAGUUAAUUGGUACCAGAAUAAACAAAUUUUUGCAAAGUAGGAUUAUUAUUAUGGAUCGAAUAUUUUCAAAGAGAAUUUAAAAAAACUGUUUAAAACCUUUUAAAUAUGUUUUUUUUUCCUUGUUAGAACCCUCUCAACAUGAAAUACCAUCCACACAGUCACCUUUACACUCGUUUCACCCAAUAUAGUAGCCUUGAGUGUGUUCUACUGUAGAUUACAAUACUCACCGGUAGCACGCAGGACAUUGCUUUUGUCGUCACCCGGCCACUACAACACGGCCACGACAUGGAAAUACUUUGUCACAUCCUGGGUAAUUCCUCGAAGUUAGAACUGGGCUUCCAUGUGCUAAACAAUUUCCCUUGUGGAUCAAUAAAGUUUGUCUAAGUCUAA